GAGGGCAGUGGGCAUUAUUAGCUGAGCACAAGGAAGACAACUCAGGCCGGCAGGACAGGACAUGUGGCUUCUCUCAGUUCUGUUGCUUCCUGUAGUCCAAGGCUCACCUGCCCUCAUGGCAGUGUCCGAUGCAGUGAGUGGCCCAGUGCGGGGCUCACUGACUGUGCAGUGUCGCUAUGAACCCGGAUGGGAGACUUACAAUAAGUGGUGGUGUCAAGGAGCUGAGUGGAAAAGCUGCCAUAUCCUAGUUCAAACUGAUGGAUCAGAGAGGGAAGCAAAGGGUGACCGAGUGUCUAUCAAGGACAAUCAGGAACUGCGUGUGUUCACCGUGACCAUGGAGGAGCUCAGGUGGAACAGUGCAGACACCUACUGGUGUGGGAUUGAGAGGUCUGGAACUGACCUUGGGGUUGAAGUUAAAGUGACCAUUGACCCAGUGAUCGUGCAGUGUCACUAUGGCCCAGGGUGGGAGACCUUCGUGAAGUCAUGGUGUCCAGAUGCUGAUUUGAAUAGUUGUGCCAUCCUUGUUCAAACCACUGGAUCACAGCUGAAGAAGAACCAGCUGUCCAUCGAUCAGAAAAAGCAAACAUUCUCCAUGGCCAUAUGGGGAGAUUAAAACAACUUUUGAGAACAAAUCUGCUGUUGUUUUUCUGAGGUGCUGCCCAGGUGUUUUACAGUAUGGCAACCCUGCUCACACCCAAUAUCUAGAAGUUUAAAUAAGUCCCAAAGCUUAGAAUUCCUCCCUGAGUUCUUGCUUUGUUCUUUGUUCUUCCUGGGGCACCAUUUAAAAUAACCACUUAGAUUUGAUUGCAUGAAGAAUGAAUGGCCUCUGCCCUAACCACUGUAUAUACAAGAGGAGCUACUACCUUGCUCUUGGUCUCCAGCUUGCUCCCGGUCUGGGGUGGAGGACUGCCUUUUCCCAGGCUCAUUGGGUGCCUCUCCCCUAGAUCUGUAGACAAUAAACUUUGUGCCUCUA